AUGACUUUGAAAAGUAAUCGCAAAUUAUUUACGUAUGAAAAUAAAAAUCAUAUAAAUUGUGGGCGACAUUUUACUGAGAUUGAAUCUACAGCGAUUAGAGUGUCGAAUGAACUAAUCACAAUUCGUUUUGACAAAGGGGGAAUAAAUGGACAUGUUCGAGGACAUCAUCUGCUUGACAACAGCACACCAUAA